UUAUGUUCGGAACGGACGUAAAUGUGCAAAACACGUGCUGCGAAUCACGUUUACAAAGGACAAUGAAAUCUUACGACAAUUUCAUUAUUAUUGAGUUUUUAUAGGGCAAGACAUCAAAUUAUUUGUACGCUGUAUAAUAUGGGGCUAUUGGAACAAUGAAUAAAACUGUAUUGUCCAUAGUUAUAUUUGUAAUAGCGUCUACGGAAGCUAUGUCGCCCCAAACAGUGGAUGUCGACUAUUCCGAACUUGCGACCGAGGCAGAAAAUAAUAAAAAACAUAUCUUAGAGUUUUUAAAUCAGACUCAAAUACGAGAGCAGUAUAGAACAAAAUAUAAUAUGUUAUUAGAUAAAAUAACAGGCUCCACCCGGCGUAUUGUGUCGGGACGGAACACGUCAAUCACAGCAGUGCCGUGGCAGACUUCUAUACGGCAAAAAACUCAAUUUCUAUGUGGAGGUUCGGUCCUUACCGAUAUUUGGAUACUCACAGCUGCACAUUGCUUGACAAGGAAUAAUGCCAAAGACCUCUCAGUACGACUGGGAUCUUCGUGGAGAACACACGGGGGUGAAAUGUAUGAUGUUAAGGAAUCCUACAUGCAUCCUCAUUACGACUCCAAAACCAUAAUCAACGAUGCUGGGCUAGUAAAACUGUACACAACUCUCCGAUUUUCGUCGAGAGUCCUGCCUAUUCUACUGGCUGCGAGGGACAGUAAACUUCCAGCUAACGAAAUGGCAAUCGUCUCUGGAUGGGGCAAUAUGAGAGAAGGUGGACAGAGUGCACAAUUCUUGCAAUCAGCUAGCAUCAGAACAAUAGUCAUGAAGCUGUGCCGCCAGUCAGAAAUAAACCACCGAAUUCACACACCGAGCAUGUUCUGCGCUGGCUCUUUUACACAAUCGUCAUCCGAUGCAUGCAAGGGUGACAGCGGUGGACCCAUAGUAUCUGAAGGGUUGCUCAUCGGAGCAGUGUCGUGGGGGAUUGGAUGCGCACGGGGUAACUUCCCUGGGGUUUAUACGAGGCUGUCUGAUCCUGUCAUUUGGGACUGGAUCAAUGGCCAUAUAACUAAAUCUGACUCUAAUGUUAGUAUUGAAUGACUUGACUUAAAGCUGUAUGUCCUCCAAGUGGGACAGAGGGCCGCCAGCAUAUAAAACCAGCUUGAUCGGUCCUGGGCAAUUCUCUUAAUUUCACUCCACGUCAUUGCGGCUUCUUUCGCCUCUGCAAUGAUGCUUCGUUGCUAGGUCUAUUUUGGUCGGCCACGUUUACUUUUGACUUGAGGAAUCCAGUCGAGACCUUCUUUGGCAAUGUGACUUGGAUUCCUCCGGAGCGUAUGGCCCACCCAUUUUCACUUUCGGUGUUAUAUAUACCUGUCAAUUGGCACCUCAUUCCUGAUGAAUAGAGAUACUAUUGGAACAGAAUAUUCCAAGGAUUUGGCAAAGGCAUCGGUUGCUCACCUCACAACAAUUCCAGGUCUUCCUGAACUUUGGACUUACUACACCUUCGUCCAAGUCUUUUUUUUAAUUUAAUGACUUAAGGUGACAGUUUAAUAUUUAAUUGUUAUAAUUUUUACUGAUUUUUGCAACGAAAUAUAUAUAUAUUAUAAUACGUUACAUAUGUAACGUACUUAUUUACGCGUCAAUGUUGAUAAAAUUAAUGCAGUAAGAAAGUCGGUGUUAUAGUUGAAGCAAGUCUAUUAAAAACUAGACUUUUUUAUAUCAUUUCUGUAUAUUUUUAAUUUAAUUAAAAUUACCAUACAAACCUACGCUUACUAAGUGAGUAUACUCACUAAACGUAAUCAAAAUUAUAAAAUUACGAUGAACGCAAUUGGAAGGGAUAAAAGUGUAUAAUUUUAUCCUCUAUUUAUAUUGUAUAAUUUCUCUGUUUGUAAAUAGGUUAAUAUAAUUAUUUCCCGGUUAAUUUAUGUUCACGUGUCAUGUUUGUAAACAAAUAUUUAUUGAUUUCCUACAUUACAGAUUUAAAGAGCUAACAGCUCAGUAAAAGUAGUUAUAGCUUAGCAGGAUUACCACAUAACUUUAGCAAUUCCGUCGUUGAACGUGAUUCCAAUAUCGAGUUAUCUAUUCGCGAUUUCAACUUCGCGUUGUUGAAAGAAUUCUGGCCAUUUUCGUCAUUGAUGAUGAUUAAUAUCGGCUUUUCAGAGUAGCCCUGAAUUUGUAGUUUAAUGAAAUCAAUAUUUAUUUCAAAUUAGUAGUAAUGUAGUAUACAAAUUUGUGACCUCUUAAAACGUCUACGAAUAAGGUUAAUGUAAAAGGAGGUUUUAAUAAAAAUCAUAAGUCAUCAUUCAUUUAUUUAUAGGUGCGUUACAACAUACAGUUAAAUAAUAUUGUGCGAAUAUUAACAACCACAUAAACAUAGAAUAAAAAGUAGUGUAAACAAUUCAACUGUAAUCAAUAACAUAACCCUUCUAGAAUAUAUAACUACAGACCGAAA